GUCUGGGGGUUCGGUCUUCUGUUCGUCACAAUUGUGAGCUUCUGUUCACUGAUAGGAGUGGCGAUUCUACCCCUCCUCACCAGAAGCACAUACGAUGUGAUGUUGACUCUGUUCGAGGGCUUAGCGGUCGGCAGUUUAGUGGGUUCUGCGAUAUUUCAUUUGAUUCCUCAGGCAUUCAAUCUUUCCAGCGGUGGCUCUCAGGUGUACCUCUGGAAAGCGCUCAUUAUCUUCGGCGGUAUUUAUCUAUUCUUUUGGUCCGAACGCAUCAUGAAAAUGGUGGUCGAGUUCAGGAGAAAACGCAAACUCCAUGUCCAGUCGAUCCCUUCGUGUACGAGCGCUGAGUUGGAACCGCACAGACAUAUGCCUCACAAACAAGUUUACUUCAAAGACUUUGAUUACGACAAACCCAAUGGUGUGAUGAAAAGCUCUGAUAGUUUGACACAUAUUCCCGAAACUUCUAGUCAUGAAAAUGUUUGCGACAACGAAACCGAUAAAUCCAUGGAUAAGGAGUUGACAGACAGUCGCUCGGAAUCAAUGGUUUUGGAGUCGAUUGCGAGAGAGAGGAGUCGAAGCAAUUCGUUUAGUCUAAGGGCCGGACACUCGCACACGAGUCCGGGUGAGCAGAGGGCCGAGAUCGCGACCGUCGCCUGGAUGAUCAUCUUUGGCGACGGACUCCACAACUUCAUAGACGGCAUCACAAUCGGCGCCGCCUUUUCUCAAAGUAUUCUCGAAGGCAUCAGUAUUUCAGUGGCUGUUAUUUGCGAAGAGUUUCCGCACGAGUUGGGAGACUUCGCGGUUCUCAUAGCGUCGGGUAUGACAAUGAGGGAGGCGUUGGGCUAUAACUUUGUGUCCGCCUGUACCUGCUAUUUGGGCCUCGCGUUCGGCAUAUUGUUGGGAGACUUGGCCGACGCGGCGCCCUAUGUGUUCGCAUUGGCCGGUGGGAUGUUCCUGUAUAUAGCACUCGUCGAUAUGAUGGGCGAACUCACGGCAGCCCUCGAUAGGGCUCAGCUACAGGGCAUGAGUCAGACAUUGAAAGUGCUAUUAUUGCAAAAUUUGGGUAUUUUAUUGGGAGUCUUCACUCUACUAUUUCUCGCCAAAUACGGCGAUAAAAUCAAUUUCGAGGGCUUAGCCCCUCCUAAACAGUCAGAUAUUCCUUUCACUGAAUCAUAAUUACCGUAAUACCGGUAUUAAUAGCAAUAAUUUUUAGGUUUACCAAAUAUUCAACUCAUUCCCACUUUAGACAUUUUAACCCC